UAUAAUCCGGGGAGGCGGUCCAACGUAACUCUUCCUACCCCCUAGCCUUGCAAUAAUCUUUCCUACCCCAGCCACCGCCUGAUGCUGGCAACUGGAGUCUGGAAUUGUCCCUAAACAACCUGUCGCACCGCUCAGAUCAAGACCCUGGCCUUGUAUUUCUUAUAUAGCGUGUGAACUACCGAGACUUGUUGGCAAGUAGUCGCGCCCUAGAUAGUCCCAGGUUCACCCUUCCUUCCUCUCCUGCCGGCACUGGACCUCCACUCUGCGGACUCUUCGGCAAUCGAACACACCAUGUCGACCAUGACCCACAACCCAGCACAACCCUCUUUAUAUCCAAGAAAGGCAUCGCCGUUCAAGGACCCUCGCCCAGCUCCAUGCACACCAGCGAAGACCGCAAGAGCCUGGGAUGAGUACGAGAAGCAAGCGAGGCAGAACGCAAGGAGGAGAGAUAGGGCCUCGCAAGCGUCUCAACCACAGCGUAACUCAGCAUCGUCAGACGUCGGCAAGGGAUCUCGCUCAUCGAGCUCCACUGCAAGAUCAAGCUAUGACUUCAAGUUCCGCAACAUGACGAUGGCCACUUCAGCUGUUGCUAUCUGCAAAAGCUGCAAGCAAUCCAUCACAUACACCUCGGGGAUCUGCGAGCGUUGCAAGAAGACCAUCAUCAUACCUUCUGCUGGUGAAUCCACUCCUCCUCUCAGCCCCGCAGCUCGAAACUUCGCAUCCACCGACCUACACUUGCUUGAGAAGCAUACUUCACAGGAGGAUUCCCGCAUACCACCAUCAGACUCGCCAAGGCGCAAAGCUUACCCACCUGCACUGCACUUCACCAACCCACCAGUCCGACUCGACUCCCUACGACCACCACCAAACACGCAAGAUCUUAUGGAAGCCAAUCGCAGCCGGAAAGCGUCUUUGACCGACCCCAACGAGCCCUUUCUUCGCUUGCAGUAUGCCCACCCAUAUGUGCCUAGCACAUACUCCAUCCCCUCAACACCAACCUACCCGCCCACCGGCCCACCAUCAACAAUCCCGUCUCGUGUCUCCACCCGCCCAUCCAGCUUCGCGCAAAUGACGUCACCACUCACACAAAACGCCACGAUGCCAUCGUAUGUGCGACAGAAUAGCGCAACACCGUCCGAGUUGAGUCACCUGCAUCACUACGCACCCGUCGCCUUGGGCUCAUCUCCACCUUCCCUCCACCACGUAAACAGUGCCCUGCAGAACACCACUUCAGCGUGGGAUGACUGGGAUUCUGACGGCGAGGAGAAAGUCCGCCUCGUUGGGUACUGGAAACGUGGUGGAAAAGAAAAGUCCACCGCUCAGGCCAGCACACCAAAUCUCAGGGGCAAAGAAAAGGAGCGUGAGCGGGCAGACAGCAAGGUCUCCUGUUCUAGCAGUGAAGAGCGACACAGCCCCGAAAGGCGCGAGAAAAAGAGCAAAGCAAGCCUGGAUCGUAAGAGCGAGAAAAAGCAAAGCAAGGAGUACCAACGAAGCCAGAGCAGGUUGAGUGAGCACGAGGACACAAAAAUGAGCUUGGUAGAGCGCGAGAGCUACAAAAAGCACAAGAAGAGGCCAAGUGGAUUGACCCGUUUCUUCACUUGCGGACGUUGAUCAGGCAUUCACGACAUCAUGAUAAUGUUGGUGUUAGCGGUUUAUGGAUUUAUUUGUUUUUUGUACUGCGAAAAUGUAUAGAGACGAUCGGGAGACGUUUCACGAUUGUGCUUGUACUUGUUGCUCCGGGCAUCUUUACGACUUCACGACAUUAUUACGAGACAGCAUUGGCUAUGGCCUGGCGGAGCGAACGGUCUUGCUUUUGGUAUUAGCAUAUGUAGCUGACAAUAACGGGCGACCUUCAGUGCGUCUGAUGACUGAACUACAUU